UAAUACCCCUGUGUUGGAACCAAUUCGUGGCCGCCUCCUGAUAUCGUCAUUUCGUGGACGCCGGCCACUAAAUGGCUGCGCUACCAUUUCGUGGGCGCCGCUCAAGAGGUGGCCCCUGGUGCUGUCAGGCCCAUUUCGCGGGCACCACACCUGGAUUGACUUGGAACUCCAUUUCCCAGGCGCCGGCCUUGAGUUGCCCAUGCGCGUGGUGCGUAUUUUCGGAAUUAAAGUUUUUUGAAUAUUUAUUUAUAUAAAAAAGCCAGGCUUCUCCCAUUCCCUUUGUGGUUCGAAAAUGGAUCCGAACGCGGUAAAGUCCACUUUGUCAAAUCUUGCCUUUGGAAACAUAAUGGCUGCAGCUGCCCGUGAUUAUCAGAAGGAAUUGCUUGCACAAGAGAAGGCGCAGGCAUCAAGUUCUUCUAACCAGGAGGUUGACCUUGAUGAUUUAAUGGAUGAUCCUGAGUUGGAAAAAUUGCAUGCAGAUAGGUUUGCAGCUCUAAAGAAAGAAUCAGAGAAACGGCAGGAAUGGAAGAGGAAAGGUCAUGGGGAGUACAGAGAGAUAACUGAAGGGGAUUUCUUAGCUGAAGUCACCGGAAGUGAAAAAGUGAUUUGUCAUUUCUACCAUAAGGAGUUCUAUCGGUGCAAGAUAAUGGAUAAGCAUUUAAAGUCCCUUUCACCAAAGCAUAUAGAUACGAAGUUCAUCAAGCUUGAUGCAGAGCAUGCACCAUUCUUCGUCGCAAAACUGGCAAUAAAGACUUUGCCUUGUGUCAUACUGUUCAGGCAAGGCAUUGCGGUGGAUAGAUUGGUAGGAUUUCAAGAUUUGGGAGGGAAAGAUGAUUUUUCCACAAGAACACUGGAAGCUCUGCUCAUAAAGAAGGGCAUAAUUGAUGAGAAGAAAGAUGACGAUGAUGAAAAUGAUGGAUAUGAUGAAAAUACACGCAGAAUGGUCAGAUCAUCGGUCGUUGCUGAUUCAGAUUCUGAUCAAAUAAAUAUCCACUAAUUGUUCAUAUUUUAUUUUUCAUGAUCUCUGGUUUGUAUAAUCAUCAUUGUUAAAUUGAUGUUUAUUUAUGAGAGGAAAAUUAAAUCCGUGGCAAUCAAUACUGAAACCAUGCUUGUAUAACCGGUUUGAAUUGCUUUAGGGCCAAACCAAGUUGAGAGAUUUCCACCCAGUCAAAGUAGGAUUGUUAUUUGAAAGUUCCUUAGUAAGCCAUGAGUACAACAUUUCAUAUA